GUCGCUGAUUACGACCUUGUAUCAAUACGGCUUGCUACCUUGCAUACCUAGCAAACGAUAAAUUUACAAAAGCCGAAAUAAUUACCAGCCCUUUCUCCCAAACUCGACAGUGUGUCCCCUCUUGCCUGGCUUUGCACACCAUUCCUAGAGCUUCGGGAUUUAGCAAACACUCGUGCCCAGCUGACGCCGACUUGGGACUUGGGCGCUGGGGUGUUAGCAGCAGGCAGGCUGCUGGGCACUCCGGUGCAUCAAGCUCCUAGGCUGUUCCCGGCGAGCUGAGGACCUUGGUACCCCUUCCAGCCCAACCUGAACAACGUGCCGCUCGGAAGUUCCUCCAGCAGGAACCAUGAUUGUGCCCAUCAAGACACCUGAAAGCGAGGUCGUGGAGUGGGUGCUGGUGGAGCUGCAGGGCAAGAUUGAGCAGCUCACACCGGAGCAGUCGAUAGAAAUCGGCAUGCUGCUAUCGAAUGACCCGGACGGCAAGUCGCUGCAGCUCACAAUCGGCUACCACCAACUUGAAGGCAAGAAGCUGACGCUGAAGAAGCCCAUGGCCAUCCUGGGCAAGGUGGAGGCGUCGCCGUGCGGGCCAAUGGAGUGCGGCGAGGAGAUGGCCGCGGCCGAGUCCAGGAAUACCGCUUACGAGGUGGUGGGCGUUAUCCGCCACCAGUACCUGUUCAAGACGCGGCCGCGCGCGCUCAUCUCCAAGCCUGGGGCCCGGUAGCACCAGUCCGAGACGCUGAGUGGACAUGCCUUUUGAUGGAAGCGCUGGAAGCGCUGGAGGAUGUUGGUGGUGGUGAAGUGGUGGACGGCAUGGGGGCGCCAACUCGAUAAGUUAGGCUGGGAGUAUGCGAGCGGAGAUGGAUGACAUUGCGCGACGCAGCAUAUAACUCAGCUGCCGGUGUGAACAGGGGCGUGGAUCUUGCUGCUUGAAGAAAUCCGUGGCGUAGGUUGACCGGUUACGUCCGUUAAUGCUCAGGUUCUUGGGUUGGUGGAAGCCUGGAACUGGCGAUGAGGCGAUGCCCCGCCCACAGCAUGUGCAGGCACGCAGAGGCGGCAGCCGGGGCCACUGGAGACAGCCACCAUCACUGCCAAUCAAUAGUACAUAGAUAGACAAGCGAAAAAUAACCUUCCAACUGCUAUCUCUGAGCCCUGAACAUACCAUGUCAACCACUGAACCACC